AUGACAGCCACCAAACCGAUCGUCUUCAUCGGCGCCGCCGGCGAAAUGUGCCGCAUCGCAAUAGAGCGACUCGCCACGGCCACAAGCAAUCCCUUCAUUCUAUCCGACAUCAACCUCACUGCCUUGGAAGUGACUGCGGCAAAACUCCCCAAAGGUCGCGCUACAAUAGUCAAGCUCGAUCUGUUCGAUCGUCCAGCUCUAGUCAAAGCCAUUACCGGUGCUGCACUCGUCAUCCUCGGUGCAGGACCGUACAUCAAAACGUCAGAGCCGGUGCUUUCUGCCUGCCUUGAAGCCAAGAUCCCGUACAUGGACUACGACGACGAUGUGGAAAGUACACAGGCGGCAUUGGGCUUAUACGAACAGGCCAAGAAGAGCGGUAUACCAUGUUACAUUGGGUGCGGUGCCUCCCCUGGCAUGAGUAACGUCAUGGCCAUGGAUGUGACGAGGGACCUGGAUGUGGUGGAGGAGAUUGAGCUGUGCUGGCUUGUCGGUGAUGAGCGCCCAGCUGUUGGUAAAGCCGUUCUCGAGCAUUUACUACACAUUGCCGCUGGACCAUGCCUUACCUGGGUGGAUGGAAAGCCCAAGAUCAACGAGAGCUGGGUUGAGACAGGAUACGCGCCCAUGCUAGGCACCUCUGGCGAGACAUUUCUGCACGAAACAGCACAUCCUGAGCCAGUGACGCUUCCACGACUAUUCCCCAACGCCAGACGGAUUCGGUGCCUUGGCGGAUUAGGCCCAUCCCCCGUCAAUGGCAUAGCUCGUGGUCUAGGAAAGGCAGUCCGUUCAGGGGCAGUUUCACAAAAGGACGCCGUCGAAUUCUUAUACCAACUCACCACGCAGCCUCCAUCAACAGCCGGAUACGGCGAAGCUCUCGCCUCAUUCACUCAGCACUUCCGCGGCGGAGACAUCACCAUCAAAGAACUAUUCGGGCUCCUCGCCCACGCAACAAGCGCAUUCGAGCCAUGGCGCCACGCCCUCCUCGGCAUGUUUGAGCAGAUCUGGACCGGCGAAAGCACCGUCAGCGACGUAGCAGGCUAUCUAAUCUCCUCUGCACGGGGGCAGACGUACGAAAACCACAGCAGCCUGCUCGUGCGGGCGACGGGCACCCGCAAUGGCCAUCCUGCCGUGGCUGUUCGCCGGACGCCCAAAUCUGGCAGGGACGCGUUCCUGAGUAGGAACAUGGCUGCGUUGACGGGAACUGCUUGCGCGGCGUUUGCGGCCAUGGCGCUGGAGGAUGGGGUGAAGAGGACGGGGGUGUUUUGCCCGGAGGACUGGGCGGUGCCGGAGGUGUUUUAUAAGGCGUUGGAGAGGGUUGGGACGCCGGCGGAUGAGAUUGUUGAGAGGGUGGCUUGA